CUACUAAGGAAACUUUCCUGAGAAAUAACCUUCUUGCUUCUAUAUACCUGAAGACAGCACAUUAGAAGAUGAGUGACCAAAAGAAAUAUGGAAGUCAGAAAGCUGCACACCAUUCAGGCAAAAUCUGGUUGGAGAGGAAAGCUGUUCCCAUGAUUAGUGAGCUUCCCCAGCUAGCCUGUAGGUGGGUGUGUUUAACAGAAGGAAGCAAUGGGAACCCGCCUGUCAGCCAGCCUUUUGAGCUAAUUAGCUCAGCAUACAACAAAGAUAAGUGAGCCUGGGAGGAGGGCCCCCUGAGGGGUCUUUAGAUUCUGGGAAAUGUCUGAUUGGCAGAUGUUAAAAGAGAUUCUUUGGUAAUCCUGUGCAUCAAUGAGCUGCACAAAUUCAGACCAGGACUGCAAGAAUUCAGGCAUGAGGACACUGUGCAGCAGGCUCGCACAGGCAGACCCAAGAUGGACAGAACCUUGGAAUCCUUGAGACACAUCAUUGCCCAAGUCUUGCCUCACAGAGACCCGGCUCUAGUCUUCAAAGACUUGAAUGUUGUGUCAAUGUUACAGGAAUUUUGGGAAAGCAAACAGCAACAGAGGGCUGCGUUCCCAAGUGAAGGUGUGGUGGUCUACGAGUCGCUGCCAUCUCCUGGACCACCCUUUGUGAGUUAUGUGACUCUCCCAGGGGGAAGCUGUUUUGGCAACUUCCAGUGCUGCUUAAGUAGAGCUGAGGCCAGACGCGAUGCAGCUAAAGUGGCCCUAAUCAACUCUCUCUUCAAUGAGCUGCCCUCUCGCAGGAUCACCAAGGAAUUCAUUAUGGAGAGUGUGCAGGAAGCAGUUGCCUCCACUAGUGGCACUUUGGAUGACGCGGACGACCCCAGCACCAGCAUUGGAGCCUACCACUACAUGUUGGAGUCAAACAUGGGGAAGACCAUGCUGGAAUUUCAGGAGCUUAUGACCAUUUUCCAACUAUUGCACUGGAAUGGAAGCCUAAAAGCCCUUCGUGAAACAAAGUGUUCCCGACAGGAAGUCAUCUCCUACUAUUCCCAGUAUUCCCUAGAUGAAAAGAUGCGCAGCCACAUGGCCCUGGACUGGAUCAUGAAGGAGCGGGAGUCACCAGGAAUUCUCUCCCAAGAGCUACGCAUGGCCCUGAGGGAGCUGGAGGAAGCCAGGAAAGCAGGACAAGAACUACGUUUUUACAAAGAGAAGAAAGAAAUCCUGAGUUUAGCCCUGACUCAGAUCUACAGUGAUCCUGACACUUCCUCACCCAGUGAUGAUCAGUUGAGCCUCACGGCCCUUUGCAGCUAUCACUAACAAGGCCAGGUCCCAGCUGCCCCCAAGGCGGGCAGAGGCCGGACUGUAACAUUAGGAAGCUCAUUGAAGGAGGUCAUCAGAGGCUUUAGCAGCUAUAGAUGCUGCCUGAAGGCCGUACUAAUUCUCCCCACCCAUUCCAUUCAUAGAAUCUCAGAGUAGCAGGACCCUUACAGGACCCAACAUGUCACUCAAUGCAAUUUUCCCAUCACACUCUAAAUAGUUCCACCUCAGACUGAAAGGAUGGAGACAGGAUUGCUUGAAAAAUAUUUUCCAGGCCUGGCUUCAACCUGAAGCCUUGUUGACAUGUGCCUUGCUAGAUUAUAUAUGUUGUUUAAAAGAAUGGGUCAAUGUAGCAUCCCCGAAAAGAACACCAGCCAGGACUGGGGAAAGUAGCAUGAUAGCAAUUAAAAAAUACUUGGGAUUAAAUAAACAAUAUGGAUUCUUUUAAAAAAUAUCCAGGGGUCAGAGUUUCUUCCUAAGCUUUGUAAGCUACAAGAUCACUUACACUCUACUAGGUGUAAUCCAAAACUUCAGUGAGGAUUUUAUCUGGACAUCCCGCUAUCAAAGAUUUUGAAGUGGUAAUAGUAUGAAAAUACUAUAUAAAUGUAAUGUGGCUUAAAAUGUCAUAGUAAUAAAAAUUUUUUUCAAUCCACUCUUCCAUAUGGGGAUAAAUGUCACCCAGGAUAGUACCCUCACUUGUAUUCCUCAAGAAGAAUUAAUGUCCAAUUUUUAUGAGUCCUGCAAUCAGUCAUAUGCAUUUUUAAUCUGCAAAUAGAUGAAUUGAUUUAUUUUUAUUUCUGCCACCUCAGUCAUAUAUCUAUAAUGGAGAAAGUUACUGGCAUUUCAAAGGUUAAAACAUUUUGAAAAAUCAUUAGCAUUUAACAAUGCUUAUAUUCACAUUUGAUUUAUUUCUCAUGCAUUGGAGAAAAGGAAUUAUUAGCUGUCUUUGUUAUUGUUCAAGAACUUAAGCCACCAGUAGCUCAAACGUAGUGUCAUUUUUCAGUUUAAAUGACUGGAAUCUUCUUUAAAGAAGGGAUAAAACAUUGCCAUCUCUUUUUCAAAAUGGCUCGGAUCAAUCAACAGAUUAGAAAACCAAAAGCAAGUACAAACCAAUUUUUAGAUGGUUCCUGGUCACUCAGAUUUAAGAAUGGCAGCAGUGUCAAUUUUAAACACUUACAAGUAUUUCCCUAUUUUUAACAUGGAAAGGAUUAUCUUGCAUUUACUACAAUAAUUCAAAUUUAAGAAAACAGUUUUCUCAAUUUUAAAUAAGAUUUCCUUUUCUUCUUGUUUACGCAAAUGCACAUUGUUUCAUGAAAGCUAAAACCAUUAUAAUUACAUUAAAGUUUACAAAAAUGUGAGUUUAGCUUCAUAUCUAAAUAUCUACAGUGCUAAUUGUCACUCCUUGAAUCCCCAUAAAACUGUAUACUGAGUACUAUAUACUGAGCAUAUAUUUUGGAAUUAGCCUUGUUAAUAAAAAAUUAACUUCAUACAUCAUAUUUUUCACAUCAGGGAAAAUUUAGCUACAUAUCUGCCCUACUCAAAUGUCUUGAAACAGUAAUGCUAUAUAUUAGAUAAAUUUUAUUUAAAAUAUUGUUUUAACAAAAAAAUCACAUUUCUCCCCGUAAUGAGGCUAAACGUCACCUAGAAGAAAUUUCUGAAUGGGAAUUAGAAUUAAUAUUUAUAAUUUGAAUAAAUUUUAAAAUUAAAUUACUUCCUAUUUAAAGUAAUUUUUUCAUAAAGUCAUUACUCUUUAUCAUUUCAGAAAAGCCACAACUUCCCAUGUUGGGUGUGAUUAAAGGUAGGUACAUCUGUACUGCAUUUGCAGCCUUUAACAAUGACCACCUCAAGCUGACACCAUCUAAUUAGAUGCAGGAACAGGAAUCAGCUGGGAAAAUAUUAAAUGUAUUCUCUGCCCUGCAAUUAGAAAACUGUACCCAUUUUGUACACUGAAAGCAGAGGUUCUGUCUUGGCCACUAUCAGCUUUUCCUGGCUGGUCAAAACUGCCCACUCUUCCUGCAAUGGUAGGGAAGUUUCAGCAAAAGAAGCAAAAGUCAGAAUCUUUGCCACUGCUGCUCUCUUUGAUGCUCAUUUAUUGCAAAUCAGUUUCAGCUAAGACCUAACGGCUGUCAGUACAUCACAUAAAUGUCUAUAAUCCUGGCCCUGAGAAGAGCAGGGUUGAAGAGCAAAGUAGGUUAUUAUUAUUUUUCAAUUUCUAUAUCUUGUUCUCAAUAGCACACUGUGUUGAAGGGGCCUAGAGUGGAGGAUUCUCUAUUUAAAUAUAUGGAGCUAUGUGUCCUAAACUUUUGUGGUUAUAAACCCUUUGAGAAUCUGAUAGAAGCUAUGGACCUUCUCCUAGGAAAAUAGAACGAAGCGUAUACAUUCAAAAUUACACAAACUGUUUCAGAGCGUAUGUGGACCUCCCCAAAAUCCAUAGAUUGCUCUGUCCAAGGACCCCCAGUUUAGAACUCUUAAUUUUGAGCACAUACUUACAGUUUCUUAAGCUUUUCAGCAGGAAUCCAACUAAAUCAGACAUCAUCCCAUUAACCUAUCUCUAAGAUAAAUGUCAUCAUCCUUAAAUACAGAAUUGCACUGUAUUUUGACAAGAGAUAGUUCAAUUCUCACAAAACCCCAAUACACCAGAUUGUUAUGAAAAAAACAGCUUAAAGCCAACUAGUCACUAAAUUUGUGUGAACAUGUUAGAAUAUUACAGAUUUAAUAAAGUCAUUGUUCCUCUAA